AGGCUAUUUUUUCUUUUUCUAUUCAGCCUAUACGGAGUAAUACUCCGUAUAGCUGCUAUAUGGAGUUUGGUUUAGCUAUAAGGAGUCUGCCAACAAAUUUUCCUAAAGUGGAAAUAUUGCAAUAUAUGACUGUUUAAAACUAAUUCCGAAAAAAAUAAAAAAUAAUCACCAUAAAGAACAAGUUAAAAAGACAAGCACGUUAUACGGAGUGUGGGAACAUUAGUUUGAUUGCAAAAAAAGGAUUAUGGCAUACAGAUUGUGUGAUACCAAGAGUAUGUUAUGCAGAAUUUGCUAUGGGGACUAUGCAGAAAUUGCUAUAAGGAUUAUGCCAUACGGAGUAUGCUAUACGGACUGUGACAUGCUUCAUAUACGAAGUAUGCUAUAUGGAGUCUGACAUGCCUACUAUACUGAGUGUGACAGGCUUAGUAAAUGGAAUGUGAGGUGCUUAUAGUAUACGGAGUGUGACAUGCUUAGUAUACAGAGUGUGACAUGCUUAGUAUACAGAGUAUGACAUGCCUAAAUAUACGAAGUAUGCUAUACGCUAUUGUACCACUCCUAGGAUUUAACUAUAUUAUAUUUAAUUGUUAGUGUCCGGUAUUAUUCUCGGAAAUAAGGCAUAACAGGGCUACUAGCUAAAGUGAGUUUGCCCAUAUACAAGCAGUGUUUACUUUUGCCAUUAAAACUUUUGAAUGUCUAUCCCGUUUGGUCUUAAUAACUACAGGUAUUGGCCAUUACUACGUGUAUGGUAAGGCUAUUUUUUCUUUUUCUAUUCAGCCAAAGUAAUUUUGUUUCCAGGACCAUAAAACAAAUUAGUGUCAAUUAAUCAAUGUUCCCAAGGCAUUUUCAGCUGAAGGUAUGAUGAUGGAUCAAUGCAGGAAAGAGCCCAAGGGACUGUUUUGGUAUCCACUAAAAACUGAUUAACCAAGACAAAACUGAAAAAGACACCAUUUCUAAUUCAAAAAGAUUUUGCAGGAUUAACUUUACUUUUUGCAGGAAUAAACUUUUGCAAAUGUUCUAAAAGUUGCAAACAGCGUUUUUUUCCUAAACACUUUCUUCCCUUAAAUUAGUUAUGCACAAAAAAAUAUGCUCUGCAUAGAAAUUUGUAGUAUCUUUUCUACCAUAAUUGUAAAUGUUUGGAAUUUUUGUAGAUACAAUAUACAUGAGAUACAAACAAUUUGUACUGCGUUCAUUUUGUAUUCCUAUAAAACGACAGCUAACACAAUGUCAUCAAAUGAAGUCGUCAAAAAAGCUCUGCAAGUUGAGAGUGUUUCGAAUUUGUCAUGCGAUGAAUUUCAAGCAAAUUAUUUUAGCAAAGAAAAACCUGUUUUAAUUAAAAAUGGCAUAGAAGACUGGCCUGCGAGAAAGUGGACGUUGAAAUCGCUCAAAGAAAAAGCAGGACACAAUACGGUGUUUGUGCGGCAAAACACAAGUGCAGAAUCAUAUAGAACUGGAAAAAGUUACAGCAUUGAAUCUAUGAAAUUUUCAACUUAUAUCGAAAAUAUAGAAGAAAACAACAAGAAAGCAGAAACUACUUAUCUCGCUGUUCAGAACAUAAAGAAAGCAUUGCCAGAGUUAGAAGCAGGCUUGCAAAUUCCUGUGUAUAUCGAGAAAGUCCAUUUGGGUCCUUAUCUUUGGCUGGCAAGGCAAGGACAUUAUGAGUUUUGUCACUUUGAUCCCGAUGACAACUUUCUUAUCGUUCUGUCAGGUCAAAAAGUUGUUCGUUUAUACCCGGCUGCAGAACUAGAAAGACUAUACCCUAAUGCACUUGGCUCGAAAGGGAAAACAAUACAGUCCAAUGUGAACUGUGAUGAUCCCGAUUUAACAGAAUAUCCAAAAUUUCGCAAUGCAACUUGUUAUGAAUGCACAGUAAAUGCUGGGGAUAUGCUGUUCUUUCCAGCAUUUUGGUGGCACCAAGUGACCUCCACAGAAACAACUAUUUCUUUAAAUAUCUUCUUUGGUGAUAAGGGAACAAACGCUUACCUCACAAAAAUCAUGAAAGGAAAUCAAUGGCCGUGUUUUAAAUACUGGUUGCUUAAUAUAAUCGAACAGAAUAAGGGAAAGGAACAAUUUAAAAAAGUGCUGCAAAAUUUGCCUGCUACUAUAGAAGCGUUUUUAUUCAAACACUGGCACGAAAUACCGACUGAAAAACAAAGAGAUCGCUUAGUAGAAACAAUUUUGAAAUAUUGUGGUUUGAAGCAAUUGCCACCAAAAGUUGAUCAAGUGAAGAAUGCACCUCCUCUUAAGAUAAGAGGUUUAUUAUGGAGGUCUUGAUCGUCUUGUGAAGGUAAUUUAGGGGAUUGAAAGUUACACCAUUCGAGAGAUUGUUUUGGAAUAUUUCGGAAAUGCGACACGCCCAGAUACAAUUACGUUGUUGUCUAUGCAUGUUUGAGUUUUUUCUGUACCAAUACAAAGAGCAAUAAACAUAAAUUUGCGGUAUUACACAGGCUCGAAAACUUACUUGUAUACACAACUAUAUAAGGGAGAUUCUGUCUGCAAUAAAGAAAAAAUUACAUAGAUAUUCGUAGAGAAUCGAGUAAAAGGAUUCAACAUGAAAUAAAAGCAAAUAAAUGUGCAAUAUUAUACAGACUCGAACAAGUGUUUCACUAGAUAAUUAAAUAAUGGAAAUUCACCCUGCAAUAAAUAUGAAUGUGUGAUUUUAUGCAGACCCGAACAAUUAUUUCACCAGAUAAUUAAAUGAAGGGUUUCACCCUGCAAUAAAUAAAAUCUAUGAUGUUAUACAGACCCGAACAAUCAUUGUACCAGAUAAUUAAAUGAAGGGUUUCACCCUGCAAUAAACAUGAAUGCAUGAUAUUAUACAGACCCGAGCAAUUAUUUCACCAAAUAAAUAAAUAGGGGAAUUCAGCCACAAGGAUACAGUCAACAAGCGAAAACGUGACUAAACUCUUUCGUCAUAAUGUGUGCUUCUCUCCAAUUGUAUUUUUUUCUGUUUCUUUAAUUCCCUUAACCCUCCUCUCUCACUAUGCUGACGGAAAGGCGGGUGUAGAAUAGUCCCGGGAACAAAGUUUAUCUGUUUUUCUACUUUCUUGUUACUAAUACAAUUUGAAAAAUGUUG